CGUACGCAAGAUAGAAGAAGGCAACCAUGUCGAUCCGCAACUUGACAACUGCUGCUAAAUUUCUGACCAAAGGUCUAAGGCCUGGCAAUGUGUUGGCCGGAACUGGAUGUCGAGCCAUAUCCCACUAUCCGAUUGAUGAAUCGAUUUUUGGACUAACCGAGGAACAGCAGCAGUUACGUCAGACAGUGUUCAAUUUUGCGCAAAAAGAAUUGGCCCCCUUUGCACAGGAGAUCGAUAAGCAGAAUGAGUUCAAAGACCUCCGCAACUUUUGGAAGAAGAUGGGCGAUCUCGGUCUCCUUGGUCCCACCGUGCAGCCGGAAUACGGUGGCCUUGGUGGAACCUAUCUGGAUCAUUGCGUUAUCAACGAGGAAAUCUCCCGCGCUUCCGGAGCAAUUUCUCUGUCCUACGGAGCUCAUUCGAACCUGUGCGUCAACCAAAUCCAUCGCAACGGAACAGAGGAACAGAAGGUCACCUACCUGCCGAAGCUGAUCUCCGGAGAACACAUCGGUGCGUUGGCCAUGUCUGAAGUAGGAUCCGGAAGUGAUGUCGUUUCCAUGAAGACAAAGGCUGAAAAGAAGGGUGACUACUACGUGCUGAACGGAAAUAAAUUCUGGAUCACCAACGGCCCCGACGCCGACACGUACAUCAUCUAUGCGAGAACGGACUCCAGCGCGAAACCUCAGCACGGAAUUACGGCGUUUAUUGUCGAGCGAGAUACCCCUGGCUUCUCGCGAGGACCCAAGUUGGAUAAACUUGGCAUCCGAGGCAGUGGAACAUGUGAACUGAUCUUCGAAGAUGUGAAGAUUCCUGCUAAGAACAUUCUCGGAGCACUGAACAAGGGUGUCUAUGUGCUCAUGUCCGGCUUGGAUUACGAGCGAUUGGUGCUGGCUGCCGGACCGGUCGGACUGAUGCAAGCGGCCUGUGAUGUAGCCUUCGAGUACGCUCACAGCCGAAAGCAAUUCAACACCCGUAUCGGUGAAUUCCAGCUGAUCCAGGGUAAAAUGGCUGACAUGUAUACGACCAUGAACGCUUGCCGAGCUUACCUGUACUCGGUGGCCCGGUCUUGCGAUAUGGGCAAGGCGAACCCGAAGGAUUGCGCCGGAGUCAUACUGUACUGCGCGGAAAAGGCGACCCAGAUUGGGCUGGAUGCUAUUCAGAUUCUGGGUGGAAACGGAUACAUCAACGACUACCCUGCCGGACGUAUUAUGCGUGAUGCCAAGCUGUACGAAAUUGGGGCCGGUACGUCGGAAAUCCGCCGGAUGAUUAUCGGACGUGCUCUCAACAAUGAGUACAAGUAGACUGCGGGUGGAAAAAUGACGACCGAAGGGUUUGCGGGUAGUAGAUAAACAACUCAGAUAUAUUUCACGUAAAACGUGAAUCGUAACGAAUGUGCAUUUAGACAAAGCAGUGCCUUAUAUUUUUACCAUAGUAAGACUAAUGAAGCAGCUUCUUCUUAUUUCGAUUGAUUUUUUUU